AUGGAUUCCAUAUUAUUCCAAGUAGCAAAACAAGGAGAUACAAAUGAAUUUCUUACAUUACUAGAAGAAGAUCCUCUAGCCUUACAGAAAGUAGCCCUGUUACCCUAUGCUGAUACUCCUCUACAUAUAGCAACUCUAGCUGGAAGAACAAACUUUGUGAAGGUAAUGCUGCAGCAAAUGCCUUCAUUUGCCUGGGAAUGCAACAAAGAUGGCUUCACACCUCUCCAUAUAGCAUGCGCGGCUGGAUAUAUCGAGAUUGUGAAGGAGAUUUUGAAGGUCAGCCCUGAUCUCUGCCUCAUCAAAGACAAAGGGGGUCGAACACCGCUUCAUUAUGCAGCCAUUAAGGGAAGGGUGAAUGUGGUUGAUGAACUAAUCAGUGAAUGUCCACAAGCUGCUUGGGAAGUCACUGCUAAUGGUGAGACUGCACUUCAUUUGGCAGUCCUUAACAGCCAAUUUGAAGUCUUCAAAUUGUUGAUCAGUAAUUUCAAAGAUCCUAAGCUUAUAAAUCAUGUUGAUGAUUAUGGGAAUACCAUCUUUCAGUUAGCUGAGGCCACAAAACAACUCCAGGUACUAAAUUUGCUAAGAGACCAUGGCAUAACAAACAUACAUCAUAUAGUAGAUUUCAAUGAUCAAGCACAAGACCUCAAUAACAUGUCAGCCAUUAACAUCUCGAUAGAAAAUCAAACUUGCAGCAAAGAAAUGAAACAUGAGAAAGUACCACAAUCACCACCAGGCUCUUCAAUACAAGACCAUCAAUCUACUUACAUCGAACAGCAAGAAUCGAAAAAUUACAGUCUUCGUCGUUUAGUAAUAUCCAAGGGUGUAGUUCCUAUUCUAGCUGGUAUACUAGCAACCUCAGCUUACACCCAAGGCCUUAACCCUCCACCAACUCUAUGGAACUCAGACAUGAAACGACAUGGUAGUUCAUGUUUCUUAAACAUGUUACAUAAUUUCUCUCUAACACAGUCUGUUGAUCAAUGUCCACCUGCAACGUACUACUUGUACAUGUCUUUCAACACGGCGUCGUUUUAUUGCGCUAUGUUCCUCGUAUUUCUUCACCAUGUACCAGGUUUCCUGCACGCUCUUCUUCCUGCAUCGUUGGUGUCCUCGUUGUUUUCUUACUUGGUUUUCUUGCUAAGUAUGUUUCCUGAUGCCCCUACUUUCUUGAUCAUUAAUAGUGUGGCUUUGCUGGUUUUUGGGUUUAUUUGUUUGCUUAAAGUUGUGGUGAAGAAGUUCACAAAUUGGACUCUUGAUCAUAUAAGCAAGGGUUAA